UUCUCUGGGUACUUGAAGCAAUCAUGUUCAAGUUGGGGGCACUGUGUCUUGCCGCUUCUUCACUCGUUUUAGAAGCCCACUCUUUCAUCGUUUUGAACCCUUCCCCGACCCUGCACUGGAUCUCCAACAACACGAAUAGCAGUGGCAUAGCCUACUCCGGGACGAACUAUCUCCGCUUCCUCCGUAACGAAACGGAUCCCGACGACGUGCUGAUAAACGCGGUACUCGUCAACAGCACCGGCAGUCCUCUCCAACACUGGGCAGACAUCUCAGACGGCGUCAUCAGGGGUCCUCCUGGUAUCUAUUACUCAGAUAUCAUAUCUCCUGGUGCAUGGGAUGUAUUUGUCGGCCAGACCGCGACCACCGGCGAGUACACUAUAGCCCUCGUAAACGCUACUGCUUGGGCCGCCAGUCAUAGCCUGGGGCUCGACCCGAGCGUCGUAUUCUAUCAAUCUCCCAAGUUCAACGUCUACGAGGCCCCCGCGACCACCGUGCAGCCCGCAAACAACUGCAGCCUCGCGGGGGGAUCCCCCGUCUGGAACGCGUCCGCUACCGUCGAGUCCGUCGACACUACCUCGCAAUGCCCUCCUGAGGUCCUGGCUACUCUGACUGCCUCCUCGUCUUCAUCUGCGACUGGGUCCCCGACAGGCGGAAGUGCCGCUUCAAAGCCUUCGGGCGCGGCGAGCUCCGGUGAACGACUGGUCUUCGGAUUCACUAGUAUUACGUUAGCUGGUGUGAUCAGCUUGGGCGCGUUGCUCGCGCUUUGACAGGAGCCUGAUGUUCCUAUGAGAGCUAUGAUGCGCUGCAUGAUCUUACGUCCCUUGCGAGAG